UUAAACCUGAGCCGCGAGUACCCAAAGAAGCAACUUUUAUAUACAAUCAUAAAUAAAUAAAUAAUAAAUAAAAUAAUAUUUUUAAAAUAAUAUACUAUCAUGAUUCGGAGAUUUGGUAGUCGGGACUGGGCUGGGUUGAUCGGAGCGAUGCAUGCGGUGGGCGCCCUCGCUUUGGCGAGAAUGGUGAUGGCGGCGGGGAUGGGCAGCGGCGCCACCGGUGGGGGCGGUGGCGGGGGGAUGGUGGUGGUGCUGAAGAGGGAGGACAUCCCGUUCGGGUCGCUGAACUGGUACGCCUACGCGGGGAUCUCGUGCCUUCUGGUUCUCUUCGCCGGUAUCAUGUCCGGGCUCACACUGGGGCUCAUGUCUCUCGGCCUCGUCGAGCUCGAGAUCCUCCAGCGCAGCGGCACCCCCACCGAGAAGAAGCAGGCAGCUACCAUCCUUCCUGUUGUUCAAAAGCAGCACCAACUUCUCGUGACUUUGCUUUUAUGUAAUGCUGCAGCCAUGGAGGCCCUUCCUAUAUUCCUUGACAAUAUAUUCCAUCCUUUCGUGGCUAUUGUCUUGUCUGUUACAUUUGUUCUAGCUUUUGGAGAGGUUAUUCCACAAGCCAUAUGCACGAGAUAUGGAUUAGCUGUAGGUGCUAAUUUUGUAUGGCUUGUGCGCAUUGUGAUGCUCAUCUGUUAUCCAGUAGCUUAUCCUAUUGGGAAGCUUCUAGAUUGUGCACUUGGACAUAAUGAAUCUGCACUUUUUAGACGUGCUCAGCUAAAAGUUCUUGUUUCUAUCCAUGGCAAAGAGGCUGGAAAAGGGGGUGAGCUCACCCACGAUGAGACAACAAUAAUUAGUGGAGCGUUAGAUUUAACAGAAAAGACUGCUGAGGAGGCUAUGACACCUAUUGAAUCAACAUUCUCAUUAGAUGUUAAUUCAAAAUUAGACUGGGAAGCGAUUGGCAAGAUUCUUGCUCGGGGACACAGUCGUGUCCCUGUUUAUUCAGGGAAUCCCAAAAACAUUAUUGGCCUUCUGCUGGUGAAAAGUCUUCUCACAGUUCGUGCUGAGACAGAAACACCUGUUAGUGCUGUUUCCAUUCGAAGAAUUCCGAGGGUUCCAGCAGAUAUGCCGCUGUAUGAUAUACUGAAUGAAUUUCAAAAAGGAAGCAGUCAUAUGGCUGCUGUUGUUAAGGCUAAAGGUAAAACAAAAAAUCUCCCACAUGAUGACGCGGAGAAGGCCGAGGAAAAUAAAGAAGCGAGUGGAGACUCCAAACUGACAACCCCUCUUUUAUCUAAAGUAGAGAAGUCAGAUAGUGUUGUUGUUGACAUUGAGAAAUCGCAAAAUAAGCACAUCAAUGGAAAUAAAGCAACCCCUUUGCAACCGAAUGAUGCAGCAACUAAUGUAGUGGGUCGUUUAUCGGAGGAUAAUAUUGAAGAUGGGGAGGUAAUUGGUAUCAUCACCCUCGAGGAUGUAUUUGAAGAACUCUUGCAGGAGGAGAUAGUGGAUGAGACAGAUGAAUAUGUUGAUGUGCACAAAAGGAUACGUGUUGCUGCUGCAGCUGCUGCAUCAUCAGUGGCUCGGGCUCCAUCACUUAGGAGGUUAACUGGACAAAAGGCAGUGGGAGCUCUAAAUCGGCAAGGACAACAGCCAAGUGGAAUCCUAAAGAAGCCUACUGAAGGAGAAUCUAAUACACCUAGACAUCAAGUGAGUCUUGUGGAACCUUUCUUAGGAAGCAAGAGAUAAGGCAACUAUAACAAAACCCCCUUGCAGGAUUUAUCCCAACUUAAGGGAAGUAAUGUGCAUGAGUUUUGCUUGGGAGUAUCAUUGAUCAUUUGUUAGAAUGUGCAUUGAUUGAUGGGGAAUUUACCUUGCAGUAAAAGUGAUGCCAGAAGCUUAGAAUAUUACUUGCAGGGGCUUGUCACAUUUAAGCACAUGCUAGCAAUUCAUUGGAAAAUGACUAUUAUUUUUUCAGGUUUUUCAAUAAUUCAACCGACAUGUAUUCCCAUUACCUGGUUGUGAUAAGAUUGUCGUUUUACAUGUUCAACUGUUUUAUUUCUUUCAAAAGUUCAUGAAAGAGUCGUAGCUUCAUCAUCAUUUUGAUGGUUGCAAGUUACGGUAGCAAAUAAAACAAGCAGUGAAGGGGAGAGAGAAACAAGGUAAAAAAACUGCAUCAGGUUGCUGGACCUGCCAGUUUAACAGUCACAGAGAUUUCGUUGAUGAAUUUAUGCCCCGCUUGGUCUUGAGUUGCUGAAUGUUCCAGGGCUGCAAACAGAUCGGAUGUGGUAAUAAAUUAGUACAUCCAUACUGGUGUUCUGUUUUCUUUUUGACUUAAAUAUUGAUGUGGGUCGGAUGUUAGAACUUGCACCGGUAUUUGUUAAUCCGAUAUUAUGGUAAGACAUAAAUCAGAUAUUAUAAACUUUGUGGACU